UACAGAUGGCCCAACAAAGCAAGAAAACUCCUCCACCAAUUCCACCUAAAAAUAUAGAACAGAUUCUUGAUACAUAUGAAAGCGCUAAUCCUAUCCCUGAUACACUUACUAGGGAAGAAAUAAUGAGAGUGGUCGCAAAAACUUAUGGGCCACCUCCUAAACCGCAAAAGCCAGAAAAGUUGCAAUCUUCUAGAAUCGAUAGAUUAGAAUCAAAAAUAGAUGAAAUUGGUCAGAUGACAUCUAAGUUUG